UCAGUGUGUGUGGUGACGUUCUGACAUUUGCAGACAUUUGUGUGUACGAAAGCUGGGAAUAAAUUGUGAAAAUCCAAAUAAACUCCCUACUUAUUGUUAACUCUCUCUUUAUUACUCGAUUAUGAGGAAUUCAAUAACUUGCGCUUGCGACUUAUGAUAGUAUUGGCUUGUUUAACAUGACGGAAAUGAUUCGUAACAUCAUGUCCCUCUCGUAUGCGGUAUGCGCAUUAUUUCUGUUGACGCCUAUUACAGCAUUUUAUUUGCCGGGCCUAGCUCCUGUGAACUACUGUAAAGCCGGAGAAGACAAUGGGAAGUCCUGCAAGAAUGAAAUUCCUCUUUACGUAAACAGACUGAACACAGAAGAAUCAGUUAUACCCUUCGAAUACCACCACUUCGAUUUCUGUCUUUCUGAUGAGACGCAGUCGCCAGUCGAGAAUCUCGGCCAAGUGGUUUUCGGGGAACGUAUUCGUCCGAGUCCUUAUAAGAUAAAUUUCCUGGAGAAUACUAACUGCAAGGCGGUAUGUUCGAGGGAAUACAAAGCAUCCAACACAGAAGAUGUCAAGAAGCUGAAUCUAUUGAAAAUGGGCAUGGCUCUGUACUACCAACACCACUGGAUCCUGGACAACAUGCCGGUCACAUGGUGCUACCUUGUGAAUGAAGGAGGCAAGACUUACUGUAGUACUGGAUUCCCAAUGGGUUGUCAAGUUCGACGUGAUGCUGACUUUUGCUCACCAAUAGUGACCGUACCUCCAGGCCAAGAAGUCGGUGCAUAUUAUCUAUUUAAUCAUGUAGACCUAGAGAUCACAUAUCACAGUGGCGGAGAUGAGGACUGGGCUGUUGGGUUUGGGGAUAAUGGGGGACGAAUAAUCUCAGCUAAGAUUAAACCUGCCAGCAUUAACCAUCCAAAGAAAGACAACCUAGACUGUUCGGUCCACAACAACCCACUUGAGAUACCGAAGUCCUUCACUGGAGACGACACCUUUAAUGUUGUGUACACGUACCGUGUGUCGUUUAUCAAGAACAACACCAUCAAAUGGUCGUCCAGAUGGGACUAUAUUCUGGAGUCUAUGCCACAGACUAACAUACAGUGGUUCUCCAUUCUAAACUCUCUUGUAAUUGUACUGUUCCUGAGUGGAAUGGUUGCCAUGAUACUGCUAAGGACGUUGCAUAAAGAUAUAGCUAGAUACAACCAAAUGGAAUGUGGAGAAGAUGCCCAGGAGGAAUUCGGUUGGAAAUUGGUACAUGGUGAUGUGUUCAGACCACCUCGACGAGGAAUGCUGCUUGCUGUGUUCCUUGGUUCUGGUUCACAGGUGUUCGGCAUGACGCUAGUGACGUUAGCUUUCGCGUGCCUCGGCUUCCUGUCCCCGGCCAACCGGGGGGCGCUGAUGACGUGCGCUCUGGUAGCGUGGGUGCUGCUGGGCGCCGCCGCGGGCUACGUCAGCGCACGCAUCUACAAGAGCUUCGGCGGCCGCCGCUGGAAGAGCAACAUCUCGCUGACGUCGAUGGUGUGCCCGGGCGUGGUAUUCUCGCUGUUCUUCAUAAUGAACCUGGUGCUGUGGGGUAAGGGCUCGUCAGCGGCUAUCCCGUUCUCGACGCUGGUAGCGUUGCUGGCGCUGUGGUUUGGCGUGUCCGUGCCGCUAACCUUCAUCGGCGCUUACUUCGGAUUUAGGAAGAGGAUCCUGGACCACCCGGUGCGCACGAAUCAGAUCCCGCGUCAGAUCCCGGAACAGUCCCUGUACACACAGCCCGUGCCCGGCGUGGUCAUGGGCGGCGUGCUGCCCUUCGGGUGCAUCUUCAUCCAGCUGUUCUUCAUCCUCAACUCGCUGUGGUCUAGCCAGAUGUACUACAUGUUCGGUUUCCUGUUCCUCGUGUUCGUGAUCCUGGUGAUCACGUGCUCGGAGACCACCAUACUGCUGUGCUACUUCCACCUGUGCGCCGAGGACUACCACUGGUGGUGGCGCGCCUUCCUCAGCUCGGGCUCCACGGCCGGCUAUCUCUUCGUCUACUGCUGCCACUACUUCUUCACAAAACUCAACAUCGAAGACGCGGCCUCCACUUUCCUAUACUUCGGGUACACCUUCAUCAUGGUAUUCUUAUUCUUCCUUCUCACCGGCACCAUCGGGUUCAUGGCCUGCUUCUGGUUUGUGAGGAAGAUAUACAGCGUGGUCAAGGUGGAUUAAGGUUAGGUUGUAGGCGACACGAGUCUGAGGCUGCUCAGCUCCGAACGCGGCGUUUGACAGCGAUUUGACCGUUAUACGGCGCGGUUUGUUUUGUCUCUGGUCGUUUUUUGACAUUGUGAAAUUAUUGUCUAUGGUCAAACACUUGUAGGUAUGACCACUAGGGUGGCUACGUGAUUUUACCGUAAUAUUAGUGUGGGGCAUCCAAACUGGAAUACACAGAUAUUAAAAAACUAUUUAUUUCAUUAUUAUACAUUUAUUAUUACGAUCGUAAACCACAAACCAGAGACAAUUGCCGUUUUCUUGCUCAAAUCACUGUCGAAUUGCCAGCGUGAUUAUUAGAUGGAGCCAUAUUUAGUCUGUGGACCGUGUGGUCAUUGAGCGGUGCGUUGGUGCAGCGGUAGUGACGCGAAAGGUCGGCUUUAUGUAAGCGAGAGCUCGAUUUAGUGAGGGGUUAUUGUCGAAACGUCUCAUUUAUUUUAAAGUUACAUGCCUGAAAAUAAACUUGCACUGCUUGUGACAGUCUUUUGUACGUUUAAAUUGUAUUUUAAUUACAAUUCAAAUUUAAAAUUACAUGAUGUACGGGAUGGAUUUUGACAGAAAAAUAAUAAUCAGUUACUAUUCUGGGAUGAAAAGCACUGAAUAUAGACUUCCCAUUUUUUCAAACUUCAGUGCAGAGCGAAUUCGCUGUACAAUUUUUCAAACCUAUCCCUUACAUCCUGAAUUUGACAAUCAUUGAACUUAUUUGCCCUUGUAGUCUCCUAAAAGGAAAGAGAUCAAGGCAUUUGUUCAAAGGGCUAUCCUGACCACAGUACCAGGAACGUCAAGUAACUGUCAAGUUUGACUGCAUUAAGAUGUCCUCUGAUAUCGGCUUUAAAGCCGUGUGCUGGCUGGCUGUUGGAACGGUUAAUAGAUCGGCAGUAUACUGAUACUUUACACCACUGGGUAAUAGUGGUUGGUAAGCCAGUGAGGUAUGACCGACUAAUUUAACCCAACUGCGUGAUUCACUACUGAAAACUGAACUACAACUUCCUUCUCGACUACUUACUAUUUUUCUACAACAUAUUAUGCCUUCUGAAUCCCGCAUAACUUUUACGACUAUUAGUUUACUACAUUUAUAAUUUAGUUAGGGUUUUUUAAUACAUUAUUAUAAUUUUGUAUCAAUUUAUAAUUUGCAUAAUUUUAUAAGCAAGGAUUAAUUUCGGGGGACUUGCAUUGUCGCUAACGAAAUUCGCGAUAGUCGGAAUAGAGAAACCAACAUCUUCAUCAGUGAGCUUAGGUGUAGAA